CGGGGCUUCUGGGUGGUUGGCGGCGCCGGCGCCUCCGCUCCCACUGGGGCCGGCGGGCUGCCGGCAGGCCCCGCCCCCUCGCCCUGCGCCCCGCCCCCUGCCGGGGUCACGCGACGGCUCCAUCCCCGCUUCUCUCUCCCCCCUGUGCGGUUGUUGCGGGCGGUUCCGCUGGACCAUGGCUGAGCGUCAGGACAAGGCCGCGCUGAUAAGCGAGACGAGACGGCGUUUCGAGGCGGAGUACCUGCCAGAUAAAUCAGAUAAAUACGAUUCUAGAGAUGUGGAAAGACUUCAGCAAGAUGAUAAAUGGGUUGAAAACUAUCUGAUUUGGCGUCACGAUGUUAUAGAUGAUACAUUAAAGAUGAUCGAUGAAAGCUUUCAGUGGAGGAAAGAAUAUACCGUUAAUGACUUGACAGAAUCUGUCCUUCCAAAAUGGCUGUUUGAAAUUGGCGCUCUCUUUCUGCAUGGGUAUGAUAAAGAGGGCUACAAAUUAUUUUGGUUCAGAGUGAAACAUCAUACAAAAGAUCCUAAACAGCAACUUGACAAAAAGAAACUGGUAGCGUUUUGGUUAGAACAUUAUGCCAAGAGAGAUCAUGGAAAGCCCCUAACAGUGGUAUUUGACAUGUCUGAAACAGGAAUCAGUCAUAUAGACUUGGAUUUUGUUCGGUUUAUUGUCAACUGUUUUACAGAUUAUUACCCAAACUUCCUCACAAAGAUAGUGAUCUUUGAAAUGCCAUGGAUAAUGAAUGCUGCAUUUAAAAUUGUGAAGGGUUGGCUCGGCCCAGAAGCAAUAAGCAUGUUAAAGUUCACAAACAAGAGUGAUGUACAGGAAUACAUCAAUGGAGAGUAUCUGCCACCUCACAUGGGUGGAACUGAUUCUUUCAAGUACAGUUAUCCUCCACUGGUUGAUGAUGAUUUUCAAACUCCUCUAUGUGAAAAUGGGCCCAUUACUAGUGAAGAUGAGCAUGAAAGUAAAGAAGAGAUAGAUGCAGAGACCAAGGAGACUGGGGAGCUGAAUGAAGAACACAGCCUUAAUCAGAAAAAGAUGAAUUCUGUAGAACAAAUUUCCAAAUCAGAGGAAACUGAAAAAACAGAGAGCAAACCAAAAAAUGCAAAGAAAGCAUUAACCACUUUUAAAGGACCUUUAUUACAUAUCAGCCCAGCAGAAGAACUAUAUUUUGGAUCCAAAGAAACUGGAGAGAAAAAAUGUUUGAUAGUUCUCACAAAUGUCACUAAAAACAUAGUGGCUUUUAAGGUGAGAACAACUGCUCCUGAAAAAUACAGAGUUAAACCCAGUAACAGCAGCUGUGAACCUGGCAUGUCAUUGGAUAUAAUAGUCUCUCUUCAUGGUGGUUUUGCAGCUUCUCUGCAGGAUCGUUUCCUUAUAAUGGCAGCAGAAAUGGACCAGCCUUCUGGAGCAGGUGUACCAGAACUGACUCAGUUUUGGAAAGAAGUCCCUAGGACCAAAGUGAUGGAACAUAGGCUCAGGUGUCAUGUUGUAGAAAGUAGUAAGCCUUCUUCUCUGACUUUAAAAGAGAAUGCAUUUAAUACUCCAGCAAAAACCAAUGAAGAUUUACAUAUACAGCUAACUCAUUUACUGCAAAUUAAUAAAAGACUUCAAGAGCAGAUCGAUCGCUGCCUCUGGUUCCAGCAGUUGUCAGUUGUUUUAUCGUUACUGUCAGUUACUGUGGUUGCCUUCUGCUUCUACCUGACGUAUACCCAGAGAAGCUAAAAAGAACUCCUGCGCGCUGGACGUGCUGCCUGUUGUGUGGCUGGUUGGCAUGGAAGGGAUUGCCGUGCUCUUCUCAGAUUCUAGAACUGCCAAAAUGAGGUUUGUGAGUCCGCAGCAGUAAACGAUACAACUUGUUGGGGGGAAAAAAGAAAGAGAGAAUGACCAACAAAGGAAGAGGAAAAGAAUGACCAGCAAAGGAAAUUACUGAAAGUUGGAACUUGAAACAGGGCAUGAGGAAGAUGUUAGAGCUGUUUUCCCUGUGCAACUCAAUAAAUACUACUGAACUAGAAGAAAGAAACCAAAUACAAUAUAAUUUAAAGCUGUCUAGGUUUUUUGCCUCUAUUCAUCUACUUUAAAUACAAUAUUUCAUUUCUUUUCAUCAUGUUCAUUCUUACAUCCUGAAUUACUCUCAUAGAAGGUGCAAGCAGUCAGCUUAGUGUAGUCUAAAGGUUAACCUGUUCAUUCAGGAAAAUUUACAGAAAUUAUGUAGUAUAGCCAAUUUUUUUAUACAGUCUAUGUACAUGCACAUGUUAAGGAAGAUAUUUGUUGUUAGUCAUUAUUUUAGUCAUUCUGGCUCAUUGCUUUAAUUGGUUAAAUUCCUUAUUUCUGUGCUUUUUCUGAAUGAAAUGUUAUUUUAAAUAACACAUACACAGCUAUAUUGACCAGGAAUAUAACCCUUGUUUGAUUCCAAAGAUACUAAUGAAAUAAUAAUGAUGAGACACUAUUCUUGUUCUUUAUUUUUUUUUUUGAAAGCAACUCUAUGCCAAAUUGCAGAAGGAGUGUGAGUUGACUGUUGAUGACCUAUUAUUGGUUCAUAAAAAGGUUAAUGAAUAGUCAGUGUAAGAACUUAUUCUGAGAUGUGCAAUAUGCUUAAAUUACAGAUGAAUUUAUGAAAAAAGUCAAGUCAGGAAGAUUAAAUGAUGUUGAAGGCAACAUAAAUGUGUUGCAUCUGCCAUUUCUCAGAAACUGUUGUGGAAAUGGUGUAUGAAGCCAGUGAGAAUUUAUGCUAAACAGAAUUCUUUGUACUCAUUGCUGUAAAUAUGUAUAUUAAAAUGAUAAACACUUAAAAAGAGACUGGUUGUAUCUUUCAUACAUUUAAAAUGUUAACUCUUGAUGAGGUCUAAAAAUCUGAAAUACUUUCUUUAUGAGAAUUAAUUUUUGCUACAAAUUGGCUUUGUAACAGAUCAGUUAGUUUUGUCUGCUGACUUCAAUAGAUGAUAAGAGAUUAUUGAGGAAAAACAAAGGUCAUAUUCUGCUUCUGUGUUUUUCCUUACAGUAUCUCAUCAGUGUUUUGUAGAGGUACUAUCAUUUCUAGGAACAAGACAAGGGCGGUUUAAAAAGAAUUCAUUACUCAACUGAUGAACUAAUAAAGCAGCAAUAUGAUUACUAAAAAAUGACCAUGUAAAAGGCAAGUCUAAAGAACUGUUUGGUGCACAGUCUUCUCCCCCUUCUUAAUUUAUACAAUGUUUUACCAAAUCUACAAUUUCUUAAUUUUUCACUGAUCCAAUUUCUGUUCAGUUUGCUUCUUGGUAUUUUGAUUUCUUAAUGAGUUGGCAACUUCAGUUGUUCACUGCUUACUGUGAAGCUGUUGUUUGUUGUUUUCAUGUGCAUGCAAAUGCUUUGCUUCCAACCAAGUGGGUUGUUGUCUUGUUGAGAAAGGUAACGAAGUAACUUGUAACCUGAAGAUAAUAAUAACCAUGCUAUUAAAAUGCCAAUUCCUUAAUUUGAGUGAUUGAAUAGCACUUUACUAUAAAAUUGCAAGAAAUAUAUUCUUAGAAUCUUUGCCAAUAUGAAUAUUUUAAUGUUUUGGUGCUUUCAUAUAUUUUCAGUAUUUUAUUACUAUGUUGGUAUGUUCUUUGUAUGAUGAAACAGAUGAACAUCUUUUCUAUUUUAAUAUGUUUUAGAAAAAUACUGUUACAAAAUAAAUAUGAGGAAAUA